CCUGGAGCGAGAUGCACUCAGCCGCCGGCUCUGCGCGCCCUGCCCUGCCCUCCCAGCUCGGGAAGAGGACAGAGGGGAGGGCGCAGCCCAAAGUCGAGUCCGGCGAGUCUGUGGAUCCGGAGUGAACAUCCCGGGCGAGACGGCUUAGACCCCCGCGACCCUCGCGCCGGCCGUGCACCGCAGGCGACCCGUGUACCCGCCCCUCGGCGGAAUUUGCACCCACUCCGGGCCUGAUCCCGGGCCCCACGACACCCUCCGGCCCCGUGCCUCGCGCAGGUGGCGCUGACGCCCCUGUCCUCCGGCGCCCCCUGCCGGGAGGAGGGAAGGCAGCGGCCGCGGACAAGCCGGGCGCAGGCGGGGAGCGAGCUCCGGCGCCGGGAAGAGGCCGCGAGCUUCCCCGAUGGUGCCGCCGCCUCCGAGUCGGGGAGGAGUGGCGAGGGGGCAGCUGGGCAGGAGCCUGGGUCCGCUGCUGCUGCUCCUGGCGCUGGGACACACGUGGAGCUACCGGGAGGAACCCGAGGACCGCGACAGGGAGAUCUGCUCGGAAAACAAGAUCGCCACGACGAAAUACCCGUGUCUGAAGUCCUCGGGUGAGCUCACCACGUGUUUCAGGAAAAAAUGCUGCAAAGGGUAUAAAUUUGUUCUUGGACAAUGCAUCCCAGAAGAUUACGAUGUGUGUGCUGAGGCCCCCUGUGAACAGCAGUGCACGGAUAACUUCGGCCGCGUGCUGUGCACGUGUUACCCGGGAUUCCGGUAUGACCGAGAGAGACACCGGAAGCGAGAAAAGCCGUACUGCCUGGAUAUCGACGAGUGUGCCACCAGCAAUGAGACACUGUGUCCCCACAUGUGCGUCAACACCGUGGGCAGCUACCGCUGUGAAUGCCGGGAAGGUUACAUCCGAGAGGACGAUGGGAGGAAAUGCACCAAGGGAGACGAAUACCCCAACGACACUGGGCACGAUGAGAAGUCUGAGAACACGGUGGAGGCCAAAACCUGCUGUGCCACGUGCACCGAGUUUCACCAAAUGAAGCAGACGGUGCUGCAGCUGAAGCAGAAGCAUCCGUUUGUGAUGCCCUCCCUUGAGAUGUAUCAUGGCAGCGAGGGAGAUUAUAAGGUGGUUCUUACCCGCUCACCAGGACCUAAGGGGAGCCCAGGCUUCCCUGGUAUGCCGGGCCCUCCUGGGCAGCCGGGCCCACGGGGCUCCAUGGGACCCAUGGGACCGUCUCCUGAUCUGUCCCACAUUAAGCAAGGCCGGAGGGGCCCUGUGGGUCCACCAGGCGCCCCAGGAAGAGAUGGCUCUAAGGGAGAGAGAGGAGCACCUGGACCCAGAGGGUCGCCAGGGCCCCCUGGUUCUUUCGACUUCCUGCUACUAAUGCUGGCCGACAUCCGCAACGACAUCGCUGAGCUGCAGGACAAGGUGUUUGGACACCGGACGCACUCUUCAACUGAGGAGUUCCCUUUACCUCAGGAAUUCUCCAGCUACCCGGAAGCCAUGGACUUCGGCUCUGGAGAUGAAUACCCAAAAAAAACUGAGACAAGAGACUUGGGACCCACCAGAGACUUUUAUCCUUAGCACAUCUAAUAUCUUCACACCGGAGGAGAAAAGAAUGUUUUUACUUGUAGUUAAACCAUAUACAGAAAGAAAAAACAAAACCACUGGAAACCUAGAGAGGAUAUAUUUUUAAUUUCUUUAGCUCUUUUCCUGCCUCCUCCUUCCCCAUCCUCUUCAAAAUAUUAUCCUCACAGGAGUAAGUCGCUAAUUUACAUGCUUCCUUCCAAGAGCCAGUUGGGGGAUGGGGGGGUGUAAUACAUUGGAACUUCCCCUUUACCUCCUUCAUAUUGAGGAAUUUCUGAAUUUCUGAGUUGAGUACUCUCACAGUAUCUUAAAGUUUAGCAGAAAAUCCAAAAGAAAAAAGUGGCAAGGUAAGUUCUGAGAAAAAUGUGAGGUCACUUAUUAAAGUAUAUAGAUAAGUGUCCAAAAUCAACAAUUAGUAUCAAAAUUUGGCUUCUUCAAUUAAAAGGGGAAGACAAUAAUGUGUAUUUACCUUGGCGCUAAUUCUUUUUCCUUGUCAACCUAAUCUGUUUAGAUUGUUGUCCAACCUCAUUUCCCAAUUUUGAUUAAAGGAGGGAAUUAAGAAGGAGCGGAUCUUAGGAGAAAUGGAGAAAAAUUACAGCCCUAUGUUUACUGUCUUAUGAGUUGCCACAUUCUAAAUUCAAAUAUGACCAUUAAUGGUUCUGUGCGUUCCCUGUUCGGAGAAGGUUACUGUUGCGGGAAGAGUAAAUGCUCUUCUAGAAUAAAAGUACACACAUUCCCAUUAGAACAGUGGCUUUGCCAGAAGAUCAAAUGAGUGGGCUUGCUCAGAAAAUCACAGAUUGUUACAUAAGGGUGGCUGACCCUUGGGGAGACGCACUGGCCUGGCUCUGACUGGGUGCCCAGAGGGGCCCUUAGGCCAGGAUCCUUGUUGGCUCGGUGUGCUGAAGGAGAUCGCUCCCUUGGGCUGUUGGAGAUGGGGAAGGACAGCCUCGGGCAGGGACCCCACCGAAUCUGCAAGGGCAAGUGAAUUUGCAGUCCUUGGGAACCGAAGUCCUUGUCCAGGGCCAGCAAAGCCUUCCAACACAGAGCGAUACACUGUUGGACGUUCCCUUGGAUGCAGAGGGAAAUAAGAAUGGUUUUUCUGGUUUGGCAGAAAUGUCCUUCCCGCUCUUCCCAUUUUUCCUUAAUUUUCCAUGAUUUAGUCCAAGUUCCAGUUCUCACAGGCCUUCUUGAUUCCCCUCCCUCGGCAAGGGCAGGAAGCAGUUGGGAAAGCGCUGUAUUCUCAAACCUGCCAUUGAGUCUGUGUUUGCUCAUACACCUGUGAGUCCCAGAGGGAGGCGGUUUCCAGAAAAAAGCCCGCCUCUGGUUCCAGACACAGGAGCGAGAGUGAUGCUGGAGAGACCAGGAGCAUCUCCUGCUUUGGAAUACCGUAAGGGAACAUCCUGGUUCCGACAGGGAAGCGUGCAGGUUUUCUCCCGUCCAUGUUCAUAUCUGCCACGCGGAAAGGCAGCCACCUGCUCAGGGCCCUUCACCCAGUGUGGAGCCUCACAGACGAUCAUUGUCACACUCACGCCUGCUCGUGUUGGGAUUCCUGUCCCCCACCCUGCGAUUUGCCCCCGCAUUUCUGGGACGUGUAUGCUGACUUCUCCCACCUCCUUGUCGCCCAUCAUAUAACUGUCGUCCUGGGGACAGCUUCAAAAGCCACUCUUGGUGUUUGUGUGCCUUCUCUUAAUCCUCUGCCUCUAGAAUGAUAGGAAGGGCUUCUGUGUGCACAUCUCAAGUGACAACAGCCUUCCUUCCCCUGUUGCCAUCAAUUAAAACCCUAGGAUUCCAGUCAGUCUGCUGGUGGCUGGAGAUUCCACGGACCCUCAACUCCACUGUUUCUUCCUCCUGCAAAAUCCCCAGUGACAGUCCAUCAGAAAGUUACAGUGACCAGCAAACACAUUCUCGGUGCUCCUUCUCUGGUGUUUUCCCUCGCUCUCCAGUCUCUCCGGGGUCCCAUCUUCACAGCAGGAGGCCUCGCUGACCUUGGGUUCACUAGGAGCUGAACUGAACAGCCGUUGAUUCUCAUCUGGAACGCAUUUAACAUUGCCAGCUCAUGGAACAUAAUAUUUAAAGGGUGUGGAUGGAUGGAUGCUAAAGAAUUAUGCAUAGGCUCUAUGAAAAAUGAUUAGGUCCAUCUUUGAUUUUUUUUAAAUGAGGAUUUGUGUUUAGAAAUAUAAAUGUCUUAUUGUCAGAUGUUCAUAACAUACAACCAAAGUGUAUGUUUGACAGGAGGCUAGGAUAAUACAUUGAAAAAUGAACUGAAGGAAGUAAUAUCUGGGAUUCAUGAGACUAUUCUAGGUAAUGUUCUGUAGCUAAACACACAAGACCCUGUUUGUAUAAUCUCAGUCUGCUAGAUCAGAUCAGUUUAUAUAAUUGUUCAUCCACAGAUUUUCAAAAGCAUGGACUCCUCCCCAGGACUAAAUAUAUCCUCCAUAUGUCCAAAUUAUACUUACCAAAGAUAAGACACAAGACUGCACUGUUAAUCCUAAUGUAUCUUUUAGUUGUGGAUAGAAAACCAAAGCUCACUAUCUAAACAGGGCUUCUCAAAACCUACCAGGGGAUAAAGUUUGCUGCAUGAGCUGCUCCAUGUUUCAUGGAGGGAAAAGAUCUUUGUACACCUCCUCAACCCUUUAGCGGAAAUACUGGCUUUGAUUUUUUUGCACGCUGAUGACUAGAACAUAGAAUAGGACCUAAUAAUUGCUUUUCUUUCUGGGAAGCAGUGGGAAUAAAAAUAAAGGCCUUGAAAAUAGUGCACGAAGGGCACUAUUUUAGUUUAGGAAGAUCCUUCCCCUUCCCAAUUCCAGAUGGAGAAAGUAUAAGCUUUACUAGGCCAAGGAGCAUGGGCGCCCAAGGACACUGCUGUCUUCUCUGUCCUGUGUUAAUUCCAACACCUGCCACAGAGGGAACGGACCAACUGAAGUCAUUUCUACUGCAUAAACUCAGACAAGUGGGUCCAUAGCCAAAUGGGUAAAUAAUAAAUGCACGUUGGCACAGGAGGAAGAGUAUGAAAUACCAGGUGAGGGCCACCCCAAUCUUGCUCCCUUUCCAUGAUUCACAACUACUGUUUCCUUGUAAUUGCUUUUUCCAGGUAGGCAGGGGAAGAAGAAAUUCUCCGUAACUAAGCGCCAGGCAUCUCCUUGGGCUGAGAACAAAUCCCUCACCAGACUUGGGGGUCCCCACCCCUCCUCCUUUCCCCCAACUCUGGUCUGUCACAGAGGCACAGCCGCUUCAUUGUGCAACCUUGACAUCUUUCCAAUAACCUUCCUAAAAGAGAAAUGUAUUUGUAGAAAUCCAGGCCAAACAACAAAUAGAAUAGAGCCAUCUCAAGUUAUUAAUAAAGAAUUCAGGGAAAUAGAUGAAAUAUUUCCUGGCAUGGUCAGUGUGUGUAUUUCACAACAAAUCAAAAUAAUUUUCCAUUUGAAAAAAAAACCAUGACUAUAAUUGUUAAGACAUAAAAUCUUGGACUUCACAUCUCCUUCAGAAAAUAUUACUGCUUUAGGGAAGUUAGAGAAGAAGGAAAGACCCUUUCACACAUCCCCACCCCCACCCCAAGACAAGAGCAUUCUUUAUUAGAUCCCGAAGCAUGUGCCCUGGGGAUUUCAUGUGUGUCACGACGGUUUUCUAUUUCCUAGUGAGUAGUCCUAUACUUCAGUAGUCAUGUUCAUUAUUUAUAACAGGUCCAUAUAACAGCUGAACUAGUAUUGGAACAGUUAUGGAUGUGAUACUAUGAAGUACUUCUGAUAAGAUUAUAUAUGCUUAAUAACAAAGUUAUUUUUCUUA